AUGGCUCAUCGAAUUUGGUUUUGUGCAUGGGCUGCCGCAGAGGCUUUCUACUUGCCAGGGCUUGCCCCGAUGGAGUACAAGCAGACAGAAGCCGUGGAGAUGAAAGUGAAUAAAUUGACCUCGGCAAAGACGCAGUUGCCCUACAGCUACUACCACCUGGCCUUCUGUGAGCCAGAGGGCGGUGCGAAGCCAGCGGUGACCGAAAACCUCGGAGAGCAGAUGAUGGGCGACGUCAUAGAGACAUCUGCUUACAAGAUAAACAUGCUGGAGGACAAGCCAUGCGAGAUGCUAUGCAAAAAGACUUUGAAGAAGGAGGAGAAGGACCGAUUUCGCAACAUGAUUGCGGACGAAUAUCUUGUGAACUGGAUCGUGGACAACCUGCCGGCCACCACCAGAUAUCGUCAGACAGGCAAAGAUUCCAGUCAAGCUCUUCCCAAAUCGAGUUCCUGCAUCAAAGGGUCGGAUGACAAGUUCACCAAUGGCAUCCUGGUUGGUUUGCCGCAAAAUGGCAAAUACUUCCUGCACAACCACGUGACGCUGGAGCGGGAAUUGCACUUCCAUUCCAACCCGGAGUUGUACGUGGGCUAUCGCAUUGUGGGCUUCGAGGUAGAACCACGCUCUGCCACACCGUCGCACCGGCUGGAUUGGGCCAACACCUGCCGAAAACGGAAGGAUGGGCAGCCGGAUUGUUCGGAGAAGCCAACCCCCUUCGAUCUGGAUUCCACGGACGAAGUGAUGUUCAGCUACACUGUCUCCUGGAAGGAAAGUCAAGUCCGCUGGGCCUCACGCUGGGAUGCAUACCUGAAAGUGCAGGGGCAGGGGCAGAUCCAUUGGUUCGCGAUUUUGAAUUCGCUCUUGAUCUUGGUCUUUCUGUCCGGGAUGGUGGCCAUGAUCUUGUUGCGGACCUUGCACAGAGAUAUCGCGACCUACAAUCAGGUACCCACGGAGGAAGAGGCCAAAGAGGAAACAGGCUGGAAACUGGUACACGGGGAUGUCUUCCGAAAGCCCAACUACAGCACCUUCCUGUCGGUGAUGGCGGGCUCCGGCAUGCAACUGCUGGGCAUGUCGGUGGUGACCCUGAUCUUUGCCCUCUUGGGAUUCCUAUCACCUGCACAGAGAGGAAGCCUUUUGCAGUCCAUGAUGCUCCUCUUUACGUUGAUGGGGGUGCUGGGAGGUUACACCGCGGCAAGACUCUGUAAGGUCUUUGAUGGCGAUGAAGGACGAUGGAAGACCACCACCAUGUUGCAGGCCUUUUUGGUCCCAGGUCUCUUUUUUGGCAUCUUCUUCCUGCUGAACUUGUGCAUUUGGGGCCAAAAGUCCUCGGGAGCUGUUCCUUUCACCACCCUCUUCGCCAUUUUGGUCCUGUGGUUUGGAGUUUCAGUGCCAUUGGUGUUCUUUGGGGCUUACACAGGAUUCAGGAAGGACCGAAUUGAGCUGCCUGUCCGGACGAACCAGAUUCCUCGUGCAAUCCCUGAACAGCUGUGUUACAUGCAGCCCUUGGCCACCUCGCUGGUGGGGGGCAUCCUGCCCUUUGGCGCCGUGUUCACCGAGCUGUUCUUCAUUAUGUCCUCCAUUUGGAAUCACGAGUUCUACUACCUCUUCGGGUUCCUCUCCCUGGUGCUGCUCAUUGUGCUAAUCACCUGUGCAGAGAUUUCCAUUGCACUGACCUACUUUCAGCUCACCUCUGAGGACUACAGAUGGUGGUGGACCUCCUUCUCAGCCAGCGGAAGCUCGGGGAUUUACGUCUUCUUGUAUUCCGUGAUGUACUUCAACUCGCGAUUACAGAUUCGCCACUGGGUCUCCGUGUUGAUGUACUUUGGGUACAUGGCCAUCAUGUCGUGCAUCUUUGGGCUGAUUAGCGGAGCUGUAGGUUUCUACAGCACCUUCACCUUUGUGCGUGGCAUCUACGGCUCCAUCAAGAUUGAUUGAGAUGGGUGGUCCAGACGUUUGACCCCCCUGAAGAACUGUUGGUGGUUUUUGUGUAACUUGUUG